UUUACUUGGUGAAUAUUAUCUAUGGUUCCUUGUCAGUAUGGAUGUUAAAGUUGGCAUGGGAGGAUAAAGUGUCAACUUAUAGUUUUAAAUGUAAGUCACAAAAUUUUCAGUAUUUCGUGUACUUAAUUACUUGGUAUAAAAAUGGCGUUUUCGUAUGUAGUAUUGACAAUAGUAAGUAGUCACUGUCUGCUGUCCUAUCUGAGGGAGUUUCCCGAUUUUUUACCGCUAGGGACGUUCCUUGCAAUAUUCAUGAACUCAAUGGUGGGCCUUAGUAAAUGUUGUGGAGGAGUCAAAUUCGUUCAUAAUACUCUCUUGUCAGAAGUGCACGAUUCGACAUCAUUUUUGCAAAUGCUUGUUGCACUUCCUUUUUUAACUACCGAAAUUUGGUUGAUGCUGCGCUACGAUCGUAUAUUAUCCUGGUUACAUUCGGCUUUAUGUGUGGUUCCUUUGAUGGUUCAACUAAUGGAAAUCAACAAAAACGAUUCGAAUUAUUUCAAUUCGAUGCUGACAGGUAGUUGUUGCAUGUCCCUUGCCGUGGCCUCUUUGGAGGAACCUUUUAAUGUAUGGUGCUCUCUCGCUGCUGUUACCUACUCCUUGGUAUUCCUUAUAUCACAUGAUAUGUUCGACAGGAAAGACAGCACGGUUCAGGACUUUGAGAACUUUUUCUUAUGUGCUUUCUGUUGUGCAGCUCUCAACGCUCUUCGCCAUGAAAGCAAAAAGUCGCAUUUAAAUGUCCUGGUUUCAGAAAAUUUAAAAUGA